UUCCGCCUCGCGGUUGCUAGGCUACCCAGGCCCUUGCAGAAAGUUGUGGCAAGCGAGCAAGGCGAGCGCUUCGUCUUCGCCGAGCGCUGCGGUGCCUCCAGGCUCGCUCCGGCUCCUUUGCUGCUGCUGUUGGCGCCGCGCCCAUCCCUGCUAGCCCGACUGGCUAGGGUAGCCAGUCUCCCCUGUCCCCUCCUAGGAAAUCUCUACGCCCGCUCCCGCGCCUCUUCAGGAAACUGUCUUUCGCCACCUUCUCCCAGAUAAGGAAACAUUGAAACCCUGAAUUCGUUUUAAGAGCCCACUCUCCCGACCCCUGAUCUUUCUUUUCCAUGUCCACAGAGACGACUCCGCCGGAUCCCUCCAUCCCUUUUUCUUAAUCUUUCCUGCGGCGUCCUGGUGGUAGGCAGCUCCUUCUUAGGGAGAAGAAAGCAAUGGGGCCGGCAGGAGUCCUGGGGCUUCGGGAGAAGGAGGCUUGAAGACAAGCCGCCCUUCCUCAUCAGGUGCCUUUUGGAAAUUGGGCAAGGGUGUGGCUGGACGCCGUGUCACUGACUGGUCUUCAGCAUACCAUGUAGAAGUAACAUGUUCCCAGCAUUGGAAAAAGAGCCAAAGCCGAAGACUCUUCCUGAUCCCUAUGAAGAUUUUAUGUACCAUCACCUCCAGUACUAUGGUUACUUUAAAGCACAGAGAGGCAGUUUACCGAACUCUGCUGCACACCAGCAUGUUUGGAAGAAUAAUCCUGGAUACCUGUUGAGUGGCUCUUUUGGAAAAAGAGAUGAUUUGAUGCCAGACCCCUUGCAAAAGGAGAAACGUCUAUGGCCUACCUGUCUAUCAACUGUGCGCAGACCUCUAGAAGCUGUGAGCCGAGAUUCCCUUAAGCUGAGUUCACCGCUUGUUAAAAGCAGACAGCUUCUUCAUGAUGACCUUGGUGAAGUAAACCCACGUCUUCGAGAACCCCGAGAUCUCUUUGCCUUUUUCUCUGGCAGCGGGCCACUGGGGGCUCCGAGAUGGCCAAUAGAAUGUGAGGUCAUCAAGGAAAACAUCCACCAUAUUGAAUGGGUUCCACCUCAUCCAGAAUAUUUCUAUCAACCUACAGGAAAUGAAAAGAUACCAGAAAUUGUAGGAGAAGAAAAAGGCACGGUUGUCUAUCAAUUAGAUUCAGUGCCCACUGGAGAUUCCUGUUUCAUCAGUUCCAGAGUGGGAGGCAAACGAGGAAUUAUCAAGGAACUUGCUGUCACCUUGCAAGGCCCAGAAGAUAAUACUCUACUGUUUGAAUCAAGGUUCGAGAGCGGGAACCUGCAGAAAGCUGUCAGAGUAGACACCUAUGAGUAUGAACUCACCUUGCGAACUGACCUCUACACGAGUAAGCACACUCAAUGGUUUUAUUUUCGAGUUCAGAACACCAGAAAAGAUGCCACCUAUCGCUUCACCAUUGUCAACUUGCUAAAAUCCAAGAGCCUCUAUACUUUAGGGAUGAAGCCUCUCAUGUAUUCCCAGUUGGAUGCCAGCACCCACAGCAUUGGCUGGAGGAGAGAAGGAAAGGAAAUCAAGUACUUUCGGAACAACACAGAUGAUGGGCAGCAACCCUUGUACUGUCUCACGUGGACCAUUCAGUUUCCGCAUGACCAGGACACCUGCUUCUUUGCACACUUCUACCCAUAUACCUACACUGACUUGCAGUGCUUCCUCCUGUCAGUGGCAAACAGCCCUGUCCAAUCUCAGUUCUGCAAACUCCGAACUUUAUGCAGGAGCCUAGCGGGAAACACUGUCUACCUGCUCACCAUCACCAACCCAGCCCGGACCCCUCAAGAAGCAGCUGCAAAGAAAGCUGUGGUCUUGACAGCCAGAGUGCACCCUGGGGAAAGUAAUGGCUCCUGGAUUAUGAAAGGCUUUUUGGACUUCAUCCUCAGCAACUCCCCAGAUGCUCAGCUCCUCAGAGAUAUCUUUAUCUUCAAAGUGGUUCCCAUGUUAAAUCCAGAUGGCGUGAUCGUGGGGAAUUACCGGUGUUCGCUGGCUGGAAGGGACUUGAACAGGCAUUAUAAAACCAUUCUGAAGGAGUCUUUCCCAUGCAUCUGGCAUACCAGGAACAUGAUCAAGAGACUUCUUGAAGAACGGGAGGUUCUCUUGUAUUGUGAUUUCCAUGGCCACAGCCGUAAGAACAAUAUUUUCCUGUAUGGCUGUAGUAACAACGAUCGCAAUUUCUGGCUUCAUGAGCGAGUCUUUCCUUUAAUGUUAAGCAAAAAUGCACCAGAUAAGUUCUCUUUUCAUAGUUGUAAUUUUAAAGUCCAAAAGUGUAAAGAAGGAACAGGGCGAGUUGUGAUGUGGCGGAUGGGGAUCCUGAACAGCUAUACCAUGGAGUCUACCUUUGGCGGGUCCACUCUGGGCAAUAAAAGAGACACUCACUUUACCACUGAGGAUCUGACGUCUCUAGGUUAUCAUGUCUGUGACACCCUUCUGGAUUUCUGUGAUCCUGACCGAACCAAGUUCAUGCAGUGUCUAGCAGAGCUUAAAGAGCUCUUACAACAGGAAAUCCAUAAGAAAUUCAAAGAAUUUGGACAAGAUAUGGAUUUAGAAGGAAGUUGGAGUGACAUCUCUUUGUCUGACAUCGAAUCCAGCACCAGUGGUUCUGACAGCUCCCUGUCCGAUGGGCUUCCUGUCCACCUGCUGAACAUAGCAAAUGAGUUGAGUCAGAAGAAGAAGAUGUAUAAGAAGAAAAAAAGGAAGCCACUUCAGUCUAGAAAGCAGAGAAAUAAACAGUAUCAAAAAAAUAAUUUGAUGAAGGAGUCAAAGUUAGCAGAAGAUGCCCCAGAAAGGGCAGGCUUUGCUUCUACUCUGCAAAAACAGCCUGCUUUUUUCAAAAAUUCAGAGAAUGCCAGUUCUUCAAUGAUGAAAAAUGAAAAACAAAGGGUGAAUGAGUCACAGUUAAAUGGAAGAGACAGAGGCACCUCUUUGGACUCAUCAAAUAUGACCACCUUGAUUUUGACUAAGAAUAAGGAGAGAAUGCAGAGAGAGAAGCCAGGAUUUACAGUAUCAUACUCUCCAAAAAGAAGCACAAACCCCAGCCAAGAGCCAGCUCCAGAUAUGAAGCCAAACUGGGCCAGGGACAGAUAUCCUGCCACAAAGAGAGGCCGCACGGCCACAACGGUAUGCCCGUCCUUGCACAUAUACACCUACCCCUAAGGUGUCUGGGCCAUGCCACACAGGCGAUUCCCUGCUGUGUUUUGGGUUAGACACGCUGUGUAACAAAGGGAGUUGGAUGCUAGGGAACUGUGUUCGUUCGUGGUAUUCUAUGUUGUGUGUUCAUCAUGCACUGUCCUCACGCUAUGUGCAUGCUCUCAAGAUGCAUUAUUUGUUCGUGCAAAUUAUUUUUUCAUAAAGUGAAAUUUUAUUGUGAUGUAUCCAAAACCUUCCCUUAUCAGAAAUUGAAGUGCGCUCAUGAAAUUACAACACAGACACACCUCAGUUUAACCAAUAGAUAUUCUCUCUAAAAUUAUGUGCAAGUCAAUUUUAAAAGAGCAGAUUCUAUUUUAAACAUACUGUGGUAGUUUGCUAAAUUAAAAGGUCUUGCCUCAAAGCUCUUUAGCUUUGCUCAGGGUGUGGUGUUCUCAUAUGUAUAUCCUGGAGGUCAGUGUUCCAUCUAUUAUGUUCAACACAGUAUGUAAGUUUUGUAACCCACUGAUUAAAAUUCUUUCUCUCCAA